GAUGUACAUCAACAACAGACGGAGCAGUUACGUCCCGUAUUCCAUAUUAUACUGAUCGCAGAGGCCCACUGCAUCCACACCAGUGAGACCAGCAACAAGGUGUAAGUAUGGCAUCCGCGGAGAAGGCUUUGCCGUAUCGUGUGACCUGGGCGCAAAACGAAGCCUUGCUGAAACUUAUGGAAAGAACAGGAUACACCAUACGGCAUAAAAAAGGGCAAAGAAAGUACGGCGGUCCACCUCCCGACUGGGAAAGCCCGCCUCCUUUAAAGGGUUGCGAACUUUACAUCGGAGGUAUUCCAAGAGACUGUUACGAAGACGAGCUUGUUCCAGUAUUUGAGAAGAUAGGGAAGAUUUACGAACUGAAACUCAUAAUGAGCUACCUCUCUGGAUCCCAUAGAGGAUAUGGAUUUGUUAUAUACACUAACGAAGAACACGCGAAUCAAGCGGUAAAGGAGCUUAACAACUACGAAAUUCGUAAAGGCCAGCUCUUGGGUGUUUGCAAAUCUGCCAGGAGAGUUUUGCACGUGGGGAACCUUACGUCGAGAAUUACAGAAGACAAAAUUAGAGAGCUGUGCAGUCAAGUUGUGGGAAGAGACAAUGUUGUGGAAAGAGUAAAGAAGAUAAGAGGUUUUGCAUUCAUUCAUUUUAGAGACAGAGAUGAUGCUAUUAUGGCCAUGACUAAACUUAAUGGAAUGAAUGUUGAAGGCACUUGCAUUGAGGUUGUAUGGGCAAAAGGAAGAAAUCAGGCUAAUCAGGACUGUCACUUGGAUGAGGUUGAUAGAGCAUACAACAGAGGCCAGGAAGCAUUGGAAUCUUGGAAGCAGAGAGUAUCAUAUGUCAGGGGCUAUGGCUAUGAUUUUGAUCCUAGUUACUCUCCACCAUCGUUUUACAACCCGAUGUCUCCACCACCCGCAAGCAGGGGGUUGGCAGAGCAAGGUCCCAUGGGCAUCAGAAGCCCUGUGGGAGGCCAAGGGAUGAUGAGUGGGUGGGGCUUUAGGAAACAUCCAGCAGAGGUGCUCGAUGACCUUUGCCAGAAGAAUGGAUGGGGAAGUCCUGUAUACGAGCUUCAGUCUCCCAUGGUAGGGGAUGGAAGUGGUGCCCAACAGCUCUUUUUGUACAAGAUCACCAUACCAGCUCUCGGUACUCGGUUUCCAAAUCCUAACCCAUUUACCCCAAUUAAACUGUGUUCUACUGUUGAGGGGGCAAAGGUUUUUGCAGCAGAGUACACUUUGAUGCAGUUAGGUGUGCCUCUUGAAGCCCUAGAGUACAUUGGCCCACCAUAUCCUUACACCCAGCCGAGCUAUGUCGCCCACCCCGACCCACCUUCCAACAGAUCAUGUGAAAAGCCAUGGAUGGACCUAAGUUUAAACAUGGCAACUUCAAGAUAUCACUUGUUCGAUCAGCCAGAAGAAAUUGACUUCCUAGCCGUGUUCCUUGGAGCAGGAGGCGGAACCUGUGAGGACAAUGGAAAAUAAAAGAAUCAAGAGAAAGGUCAAUCCUACAAAGCACACCUUUUGUGUGUUAUGCAAGAAUAAUGGCGAGAUGCUGUCGGUGUAUGGUAUGCACGUUUUGCAGGAUGACUCCGGUUGUGUGACAUGUCCAAUCCUUUGGCGUUACACCUGUCCUAUAUGUGGGGCAGUCGGGGAUAACGCACACACCGUCAAAUACUGUCCCAACAACGUGAACCGAGAAAGGCAACUAAGGAAUUACUUGAAACAAAGCUUCUUGGAAUUAAAAGACGCAGUUCCAGCGCUCAUACAACAGGAAAGGGUACCAAGAGUGGUUAUAUUGAAAAAAGCCACAGACCACAUUCAUGAAUUAACUACGAAGCAAAAUGUUAUGUUGACAGAACUGCAAAUACAGAGAGAGCGAAUUAGCAGCUUAUUGGAAAGCUGCGGUUACUACAGUGUUGAAAGCUUGUACAUUACCUGUCGUCGUGCCCUUGUGUUCAUGUGAUUGUCAUUGCAAGACGGAGAGGCGUGAAGCGAUCACAGUGUGAUACUUGGUUACCAUUAUUACCAUGCCUUGCUACCCAGCUUACCACAAGCGGUAGGGGUUUUACCACUAACAGGACUGACUGAUUGUUUCAUUAUGUUGUGAACUCGUUUUGAUUUUCAUUUUGCAGAGGUAUAUAUUUCCAUUAUUGAAGAGAAGUUGUUCUUUAUGGUGCAAUUUCAUACAUGCCCUACUUGGGUAUUAGUGCUAACAUUAACUGUAUGGGACUUCGCUGCUCGCAUUGAUUUAACUGGAACUCUUUAUCAUCAAGCAUUUGAAAGUUGUUGUUUUUGUUUGUUUCCAUUUUCUUGCUGUUAAAAGAUUCAUCUUUUUUUUUACUAUUUUUAAUCCAUUUAAGAAAACAGCUUGCUUGACGUUUUCAUUUUGCAAGAAGACUAGUUUUUGUGUAGCAUUUUAUUUUUUUUUCUUACGACAAACAGUGGCUGUGAUUUUUUUGAGUGCGAGACCCAUGUACUGUGUACAGUUGACGUUUGUGUUGGAAAACCAUUGUUGUAUUUUAAAUGGCGUGCUGUGAGCAUUUCAUUCCAUUUUUGUCUCAUGUUGAGGGUCUGUCCCUGUGAGUGUACAUAUCCAGACAGCGAAAUUUGGCGGCGAACGAAACCGUCGGUCGCGCAACGGUUACGUGCGGUUCAAUUUGGCUAACCGGAAAAUCGGUUAGGCCAACUGUCCAACGAGAACGUCCUUAGAGUCAGUGUGCAUUAGGUAACUACAGAUAAACUGGACUGAACAGCUUUCAUAAUCACAACGCGGCCAGUAUGGCAACGCGUCUAAAAAUAGAAACAUCGAUUUCAGCCACAGCCAGCUGCCUGUGCUGGUCACAUGGAAAUGUAAUCAUUCAUAUAUGCUUUACAGGCUUUGAGAUAAUACUCAAAUUAUUUAUUUUGACUUAUCUUUUCACGAUCACGCAAGUAAAUAAAACAAGGUUACCUUUUCAUGUACAUGUAGUUUAACUGCUACUCCAGCCCAAAUUAGUCGAGUCUACCGUACAGAUUGAUGGAACCCUUACGGGACCUC